CAGACUGUUCGACGAGAACCCAAACAUGAAGGACGUCUUUGAGGCCUUCCGCCAGAUCGAGAUGGAAGACGUCAAGGCAUCGCAGGAGCUGAAACAGCACGCUGCAAGGGUAAUGGGCUUCGUCAACAAGGUCAUACUGAGGCUCGAUUCCGAAGAAAAAUACGGCCCGCUAAUGACGGACUUGGGAUGCCGACAUCUUAGCUACGGAGCAAAACCUCAGUACAUUGAUCUAAUGGGCCAACAGUUCAUCAUGGUGAUUCGUCCCAGCCUUGUGGAGGCGGAACAGUGGAGUGAUGGCGCCGAGAUGGCCUGGAGAAAACUAUUCCAGGUGAUCAGCCACAGCAUGAAGCAGGGUCUGCGGGACAGCCAGGCGGCUGAAGCGGAAACCUCGCCCAAACGCAGCAUUCGACUGCCCUCCCUCAAACGGAAAUCGGUGGCGCCUCCCAAAAACUGUCCCGCGCAUACCAUCGAAUACUGAAUGUGACUGUCAGUGUGCUGUGCUGAUGCGGAUAUUUCAGUACUGUGCUGAUGCGGACAUGCCAAUGUCGUGUGCUGAUAAGGAUAAGUCGGUACCGGACUGGUGUAAAAAUAUCAGUACCUAUAGUCCUACAUACUGAGCUGAUGCAAGGUCAGUCCCUUGCUGAAUGACGAAAUUAUAAGACUCUGAGAAACUGUUGGGGAUUUGCCACUGGCAAUCGGGCACUGAGUAAUGAGCAUUGAGAAUAAAUCGCUUGUUUGUGA